AUGCAGGCUUUCGCUCUCGUUUCCUCUGUGCUUGUGACGGUGAUUGUUGCUUCUCGCGAUUCUCAGCCAUGUAACUUGGCCGUUUGCCCAACCGGGUACACCUGCAGAACCGAGGAUAAGCACUGUGUUGGAAUCGGCGGAAAAGAAUUGGAGAUCAUUGGUGAAUGCGUGAAUCUGUUAUGCCCGGAGUCAUACACUUGUGUCGAGGAUGCCUGUAUUCGGCCACCACAGAAACGUUUGGCGGGCGCCGAGGCCAUCGGGCCGUGCGUCAACUUGAAAUGCCCGGCUUUUCACAUUUGUGAGCUCGCCGAGAACAAAUGCUACCCGAUCGACAAGACAGUUUCAAUCUAUACUCCA